AUGGCUGGCCUCCAGCCGCCAGGAGGGGGGCUUGGCCGUUCCUUUGCUGCCGUGCUUCAGCAACAGCCGACGCCAUCCCCUUGCAAGGUUAAGCCCGCUGCCCAGUUCAAAGGUGAACCGGCUGUCAUGUUCUCGGAGGAAGACAUUGCAAAGUUGGCGGCUCCCUUCCAGUUUGCUGUCGUGGGGAAGUUCUCCCAUGGACGGCCGAACCUAGACGCAAUUCGAAAAUCUUUCACAACUAUCGGUUUCACAUCCAGUUUCACCGUAGGCCUUCUAAACCAGCGACAUAUCCUGAUCCGUUUCUGUUUGGAGGAGGAUUACUUGCGCUGUUGGACGAAGGGGUGGUGGAGUAUUGCUGACUUCCCCAUGCGUACCUUCAAGUGGACACCAGAAUUUAAGGUUACCAGCGAAUCCACUCAUGCGCCUGUCUGGGUUGCUCUGGAACAUCUGCCCAUCCAUUUCUUUGACAAAGUAUCGCUGUUUUCAAUUGUUGCUGCCAUUGGCAGUCCUUUGCAAGUUGAUGCCGCGACUGCUAAUUUGGUUCGUCCCAGUGUUGCACGUAUCUGCAUCGAUCUGGACAUCUCCCGGGACUUGCCGAGUCGCAUCUGGAUUGGGACGGGCAGCAAUGGCCGCCAGGGUCACUGCAAUACAGACUGUCGACAGAGCAGGCGUGGGAAUAGGGGCAGGCCAGUCGGUGGAGGGGAUGCCAGGGCUAUGGAGGCACAGGCUCUGGAGGGGAGGAGCGCCGCUGCUGCCCAGCCCAGGGAGGCAGUUUUGCAACCAGCGCCCUUGCCUGGCCUCUUGCUGUCCGCAGAUGCUGCGCCUGUUGGGGCUGCCAUGCCUGCCUUGCUUAUCCAGGAGGGGGUCGUCACGGAGAACCCUUCAGACAUGGGACAGAGCAGGCGUGGGAAUAGGGGCAGACCAGUCGAAGGAGGGGAUGCCAGGGCUAUGGAGGCACGGGCUCUGGAGGGGAGGAGCGCCGCUGCUACCCAGUCCAGGGAGGCACCAGCACCCUUGCCUGGUCUCUUGCUAACCGCAGAUGCUGCGUCUGUUGGGGCUGCCAUGCCUGCCUUGCAUAUCCAGGAGGGGGUCGUUGUCACGGAGAACCCUUCAGCCUUGGGGAAAAUUUGCGAUGAUGCACAGCUCCAUUUAGGCGAGCAAGAAAAGGUUCCCUCCCAAGGCUCUCUCUCGGAUGGAGAGGAUCAGCCGGGAAGGAUCGCACCAGACAAGGCUGCGCUGGUAGCCUCCUUCCAGCAGUUCAGUUUGGCUUUGGGGUCGCGAUUACCCACGCAAGUUGCAGUUUGCGACGAGUCUGGCUUCACCAUGGUGCUCCCGCAGAAGUCAAGGAAACGAAGGGUGUACAAUGCUAUUCCCCGGCAGAUUCUUACGCGACAAGCUUCUAAAGCCAUCGAGGAGCUCCCCUUCUCUGGAAGCACUUACACAUGGUCAGGUGUUAGAGCCGGUGCUAGGAUCUGGAAGCGGCUGGAUAGGGUGCUUGUCAAUCAGCACUGGCUCGAUUUCUUGCCGAAUACCUCUGUCCAACAUCUCAAUCGUGCCACCUCUGAUCACUCGCCCUUGUUAGUGAGUCUGCGGCCUGCCGCGCCUAGCUUUCCGAAGUCGUUCAAAUUCCAGUCGUUUUGGGUGUCAAGCCCUGGGCUCUUGCCGCUGGUGCAAAGCAAUUGGGAUUUAGCCACGCAGGGGUAUGGUAUGUACCGCUUGGCUUUCAAGCUAAAGCGGUUGAAAACCUGCUUAAGGCAAUGGAGUAGAGAGCAUUUCGGGGACAUAUUCCAAGCUGUCCGGCAGCACGAGGUUGAGGUUCAGCAAAAGGAGGUUAUAUACGAAGCUAACCAAACAGAAGAGACGAGGGCUGAACUUCACCGCGCACAAGGCCGUCUGCUACACAGCUUACGUAUUCAAGAGGACUACUGGCGACAGAAGGCGCGCCUACGCUGGGUGACUGACGGGGAUUCAAACACACGAUACUUCCAUGCUUUUGUUAGGGAAAAGCGGUCGAAACUUGCCAUACACCGCAUUCAAGAUGCGGAUGGGACAUGGCUUGAAGGUGACGACAGAGUUGGAGAGGAGGCAGUUAGGUUCUUCCAACAGCUUCUCACAGCGGAGGAGAUCAGGGAUGUUGAGGAUCUAUUGGCCCAUAUACCGGAGCUUGUGUCGGCGGCUCAGAAUGGGGAAUUAAUGAGAGAAGUCACGAUGGAAGAGGUAAAAGGGGUCGUGUUUGACCUGGAUAAGGAUAGCGCCCCGGGUGUGGAUGGCUACACAGGCGUUUUUUUCCGCCAUUUCUGGGACACUGUGGCGCUUGAUGUUUUGGCUGCGACGAGAGACUUUCUGGCUGGGACCCCGAUCCCAAAGGGUAUUGCUAGUACCCUCAUUGUGCUGAUCCCGAAGAGGCCAAAUCCAACUACGUUUGCAGAUUUUCGUCCCAUUAGCCUAUGCACUUUCGUUAACAAGGUUUUUACGAAAGUGCUUGCUAAUAGAUUGCGGGCUUUUCUCCCAGGCUUUAUUUCUCCCGAGCAAUCUGCCUUUUGUCCAGGCCGCGAUAUCGCUGAAAAUGUCCUCUUGGCCCAGGAAAUGAUUGCAUCCAUCAACAAGAAAACUCUGGGACACAAUUACAUUUUCAAAUUGGACAUGAUGAAAGCCUUUGAUAGAGUAUCCUGGGAGUUUUUGCACCGGCUCCUUCAGAAGUUUGGGUUUGGGUAUAGGUUCAUCCUGCUCAUUUUGAACAACCUCUCUUAG